AUGUCCUCCAACCCCUUCCGCCGCUCCAAGCUUCCCGAACAACUCCCGCCAACAACCCCAAUCGCAACAGAUGCGGGUGGUGGUGAGGCUCCUUCGAAGCGAACAAAGAAGAAGCGAGUCAAGAUCCAAACCCCGCCGGAUUCGCCAGAGGCCCAGUUCACCGAUGGCAAUGGUGCGAGAAGACUGUCUGCUGCCGAUGCCAGCGGAAGAGCCGGGUCGCCUCCGCCGCCUGCUACAACUGUUGAAGAGAGCGAGGAAGAGUCAGACUCGACCGCGACCGCUGAUUCAGAGCUGGAGGAGGCGUUGAAAAACACGAGGAGGAAUUCCGGGUCGCUGCCUUCGCCAGAUAAAGCGCCGGCCAGCGAGAUGAGAGCACCGUACAAUCCCUUUGCGAAGACGUUGGCGAGCAGCGAUGCGGGGUUUGGGUUGAUUCGGGAGAAUGCAGAGGAGCAAGGGAAAGAGCAGAGACAGGGUGCUGGGAGUGGGAGGGCUGCGCUGGACGUGGACGCCUUUAAGAAUAUUCUGUUGACGGGGAGUGCUACGCCCUCUCCUCCUUCGAGUGUGGCUGGCGCAACUGCUACCCCUUCUGCCGCGCCCAACACCACCUUUUCCAGGCCGCACGACAGCAGCAGCAGUAAUACAGACACAUCCUCCAUCUUCGACAGAAACUAUGGCAUGCAAUUGGAGUCUCCCCGCAAUUCGUUCGACGACUACGAGUCCGCAUCUGAGAGCGACGAUGACGAGAAGUCUGGUCUCAUGGGACAGGGGAGGUCCGACGACCUGGCACCUCCUGCUCCGCCCAAGCCCAAGAUCCGUGGACCGCAGACAGUCUCCUUUGCCGAUUUUGACCAGUCCAUACCUGAAGGUUUCCAGUCUUCUGGUCCCCGAACACCUCCAGUCAAUACCCACAUCACCGGCAUUCUCAGACCGUCGACGCCGAGAUCCUCCAGUGACCUGAACAAACCACUUCCACCACCUCCGGCAGAAACCUACGAUGCAGUGCCGCCCCAUUUCCUCGACAAGAGUCUCCCACCAUCUCAACAACCAACACCCACGAUCACCGCAGAAGAUGCAACUCCCAAAAAGGCACCGCCUCCACCUCCAACACGCCGGAAAGCCGGUGAUACAGCCCGGCCACGAAGCUCCUCCAAUUUAUCGCAAGAACCCAGCUAUCCUCCAGACGACGAUGAAUCAACCAGCAAACUGGCUCCACCACCUCCCCCGGCCAGAAAGCCACAGCCGACUGCUGUCGUGUCAGGCAUAUCGUCAGAUCCUCCUUCUGAGAAACCUUCACCCAGUCAAUCGACUACCGAAGUGCCCAAAGCCAUGCCACCGCCUCCACCUAGAAGGCACCCAUCUAAGACUGGUCCCAGCCCACGCCAUUCGGAAUCUCCGGCGCAGAGACCUGGAGAUGCAUUCCUUGCAGCGGUUGCACCAUCCCAACCCAACGCACCACCCGCUCCACCACCACGCAGAGCUGGUGGCUCGAAAAGGACGAGCAUGGACGGCGCGCCAGACACAAUGGCGAGACGUGUCAGUAGCGAGCAUUCGCGGCCAAGUGGCAACUCAUUCGACAGCGACCGCUCAGGCUUCUUGUCAAGUCUACAACAGGUCGCCGAGCCUGGCGAAAACAACGAGCAUCCUCUCGUGACCCCGCUGGAAUCUCAACGCGACGUUCUCGCAGACAUGACGGCCUUCCAGGCGGAAAUCGAGGCCUUGCGUCUGCAGAGUCAGAACUCGAGAUAA